AUGAGGCUCCCCUCACUAUUUCCCGCAGCGGCCGCUGCCGUCGCCGCCCUCUCGCUCUUUUUCGCCACUCCGUCAUCAGCCGCCGCCAUUGGCGUCGCCAGUCCAAAGGCUCCUCGCGAUGCGCUGCCCGGGACGAUUUCCCUCGCAGACGGACAGUCGCUCCUCACGUUCAAGUACUCGACGCCGAACCCGGACCCGACAAACUGGAUUGGCGUCUAUGAGACAUACUAUGGCGGGCCCGACAACGAGGAAUUUGUCGCAGGUUCCUUGACCUGGGCGUAUGCGCCUGACGGCAACGGCGAGGUGCACGUCGAUGUCUCAAGUCUGUCUGCUGGCUAUUACAGGGCCUAUUUCCUGGCCAAGGGUGGCUACCAGUGGCUUGCGAAUCCCAUCGACGUCAUCGUGCCUGGCUCGGGGCCUAUCGAGUUCAUCAACGACCGCAUCAUCACCCAGAAUGCCCACCAGGGGAGCCCUUUCAAGGCCAGGCUGGGCCGUCUGAUUGCCAAUCCCAAGGACAAUCAGACCAAGUUCACCAAGGUCACCACUUACGGCACCGACUGGGUCAAGGUGGCCAAGGAUGGAACCAUCUCUGGGACGCCCGGCCCCAAGGACAAGGACACCAGCUUCGUGGUCAAGGCGACGGCCAGCGAUGGCUCCUCCGCCACGAUCCAGGUCCAGAUUCCCGUCAGGGCCAAGAGCGAGCCGCUGGUGCGGGAACUCAAGGUCAUGUCCUUCAACAUGUGGUUUGGCGGCACCAACGUCAACGACUACCACAACAAGCAGGUCCGCUUCCUCAUCAACACAAACGUCGACAUUGUCGGUCUGCAGGAGAGCUGGAACGGCCAGGCAACUCGUCUCGCCCAGGCGCUGGGUUGGUACUACUGGCAGAGCCCCAACGAGGUCGGCAUCAUCAGUCGCUAUCCCAUCGUCGAGGUCUUCCCGGAGCAGGCCGCCGGCGGGUCGAUCCGCAUCGAGCUGGACGGUCGCAAGAGUCAGCUCAUCAUGUGGAACGUGCACUUGGGAUACAAUCCGUAUGGACCAUACGACUUCUGCUUCGACAACCUGCCUCUGGCCGAGGUUCUCAACCGGGAGUACCAGUCCGGCCGCACGCCGCAAAUCAUGGAGAUCGUCAGCGCCAUGCAAGAUGCCCUUGCCGAGGCCGACGACAUCCCCGUCCUCUUGACCGGCGACUUCAACGCGCCGUCGCACCUCGACUGGACAGAGGCAACCAAAAAGGCCCAUUGCGGUACUGGUUUCGUCCCCUGGCCGAGCUCCGAGUUCCCCAUACAGUCAGGCCUAAUUGACUCUUUCCGUGAGGCGCAUCCCGACCCAAACGCCGAGCCCGGCAUCACUUGGUCGCCCAUCUAUCUCAACAACAGCGGUCGCCCCGAGCCAUUGGAUCGAAUCGAUUUUGUCUACCACAAGGGUCAGAGUCUCAAGGUUCUUUCGUCAGAAACCGUCGUUGCCGGCGAGCCCACCCCGGAGCCGAAUCAGCAGAACAACGAAUGGACGUCGGAUCAUGCCGCCGUCUUGACGACGUUUAGGCUGGGGCAUUCCGACGAGGAUGGAGAGCUGUGA